AUGGCAACUUCAAGCCAUGUUUCAUGGCCGCAAGGUCGUUAUACUACGUGGGGACCAACAAAGGACUCCCAGGCGGUUCCAAGAAAUGUGGCAUACAUCGACAACCUCAAGUUGGACCCAAAGCUACAACCAAGGGACUAUCAUAUUCAUGGAAGUAACAGAGGCUCGAAGAUUCUUUUCACGGAGGUUCAAAUCUUGGAAUCGACAGGUCGGCAACCAUACCCAGGCGAUGUUCUCAUCGAAGACCCGUGCGUGACGGUAUUCCACGGGCGAGGAAGGACGCUGAUGUCAGGGUUGGGUGACGCUCACGCACAUUUGACUUGGAACGGGGGCGACUUGACCCGCCUAGGAGACUUGCCAGUAGAGGAGCAUGUACUUUUGACGAUCAAAAGUGCCAAAUGCUUUCUUGACUCGGGAUACACGAUGUACGCACUCACUUGGUGCAUGAUGUAG